AUGCCAGAACUUGAGCGGCAGCACUUGGAAACAACAACCAGAGGGAACAUCGCAAGCUAUACUGAAUUUGGUGUCCUUUCCAAGAUUGCCAAAAUUUCGUCCACUUGGAUUUCCACCGUGCCUCCCACGGGAGGGCCCCACGUUGCACCUCCACCUCCAUUACCACCAGACAUCAAUGGCUCAGAAGACAGUGAUUCUAAAGAUUCCGGAAAUGGGAAAAAUGACAACUCAUCUGAUGCCGAGGGGGUCUGGGCUCAAGACAUAGAACAGGCUUUCCUUGAAGCUCUCGCUAUCUACCCCCCAUGUGGGCGCCGGAAGAUUAUUCUUACGGGACCUGAAAGCAAGAUGUAUGGACGAAACGAGCUGAUAGCCCGCUACAUAAAAUUAAGGACUGGCAAAACGAGAACGAGAAAACAAGUCUCUUCGCACAUUCAAGUCCUUGCUCGUCGCCGGGCACGAGAAAUACAGUCAAAAUUAAAAGAUCAAACUUCAAAGGAAGCUGCUCUGCAGUCGAUGUCUUCCAUGUCGUCUGCUCAGAUCGUGUCUUUGUUUUACUCCCAGGACCAAGCGGCAAAGGAGAAAGCCCUCCAGUCUCUUACAAGCCUGUCAUCUGCCCAGAUUGUAUCUGCCACUGCCAUCCACAAUAAAGCUUCAACUGUUCCUGGACUUGCAUCACUUGUGCCACCAGUUAACUAUCCUGGGACAACCUUUUGGCAGCCAGGUAUCACAGCUGGAACAUCUGAGGAUGUAAAGCCCUUCGUCGGCCAACCCUAUGGGAUUGGUCACAAGGCACCUGUAAGUGUUCCAGUUUCCGGUGUUGAUCUGUUAAGCAGCAGUACGCCAUUGCCAGCGUGGGAAGGCAGAGCCAUUGCCACUCACAAGUUAAGGCUUGUAGAGUUGUCUGCUUUUAUGGAGUCACAACGUGAUCCAGAAAAUUAUCACAAGCAUAUAUUUGUACAUAUAGAAGGUUUACCUAGCUAUACCGAUCCACUCCUAGAAGCUGUAGAUAUUAGCCAAAUAUACGACAAAUUCCCAGAUAAGAAAGGUGGCUUGAAAGACCUCUAUGACAAAGGUCCUGAACACGCAUUCUUCCUCGUCAAAUUCUGGGUGGAUUUGAACACCAAUAUUCAAGAUGAAGCUGGUGUGUUUUAUGGUGUUACGUGCGAGUAUGAAUCUACUGAAAACAUGAGCAUUCAGUGUUCAACCAAAGUGUGUUCCUUUGGAAAAAACGUGGUGGAAAAAGUAGAGACUGAGUAUCCUCGGUUUGAGAAUGGUAAAUUUGUGUUCAGAAUUCACAGAUCUCCGAUGUGUGAAUAUCUAAUCAACUUUAUCCACAAGCUAAAGCAUCUACCUGAAAGCUACAUGUGUAACAGUGUACUAGAAAAUUUCACAAUAUAUCAAGUAAUUACAAACAGGGAUUCUCUAGAGACUUUGUUGUGUAUUGCUUAUGUGUUUGAGGUAUCCACAUCAGAGCAUGGAGCUCAACAUCACAUAUACAGACUCGUGAAAGACUGAAAUAAUGUAAUUUGUUUCGUCCAUUUUCAUCCUUCACAUUUCCCUUGAGUGCCUAUUUUAAUGGCUAGCAGCCUUCUAUAAAUG